ACGGCGCCGCCUUCGAGCGGUGCCACGAGGUGAUGAAAGCCCUCGCCAAAUCGUGGGAGAACAUGAAGAGCAUCCCGGCCAGGUCCGGCAUCGAGGACGAGUUCGAGGGGGACAGAAAAGAGGACGACCUGUGCGUGAAGGUCGACAUGGGCGAGGGGGUCGAAGCUGUCAAGUUCGGCAGUCCGGACGAGCUCUUCAGCGAGUUUUGGCCACUCCUUCUCUGGGCUGUCUCCUCCUCGGACGAGAUCGAAGACGGCCUCCUGUACCGCUGGAUCAAGGACGCCAGCGGCUACGGGGCCAGCUUCUCGAAGAGCAACAAGUUUUUUAAGCUCGUGGCGGGCGAGACUGUCGCCAAAGACAAGACCGGGGAGGCGGCGACCGAGGCUGCCGAAUCGGUCACCCUGCGCGCCCAGAAAGGUGGCAUGGACAUGAGGGGUGGUCUCAACCGCUUCCUCAAGCUUAACGACAACACGUCAGAAAAUGAUGACAUGCUGGCCUUGAUUAUGGAGUGCGGUUUUUUUAUAGGACCACGGCUCUUGUGGUACAUGGGAGUGAAGCACUGACAAGGAUUUUACUAUUGUGUGGUUGUUAAUGUUGAGUUCGUUGUUGUUGAUUCUUCACGAAGCAAGUGCGCUCAUCGUCAACAUCUGGACGUCAUUCAUUUCAUUCGCCACUACUGAAUUGUAGCAUAUCGUCAGGAGGUGUCGCGGGGGGUGGUAAAGCUCGUUCCUUUGCUUGGGCGACAUUUUUUUUCUUGUUGAGUCUACAGGCUCAAUACAAACCUCUAUAGGCUCGUCCUGGCUCAAUUGCACACGACUAAAAGGCUCGCCACCCAACAAACAAAACCAGCCGAUACUUGCUUUCCCGGUGUCAACGCUCGACCAAACGCGCGUGCUUGGUCCCCGUGCCCCGUCCAACCCCUCUCGCCGCUCCCCACCGGUUGACGCCUCCGGACAGGCCGCAAUGGGCCAGACUGCAGACGUGUAAGGUGACCCAUAAGCGCAAGCGCGUUACUGGCCGCCACUUCGCCGGGCCGAGUAGCCGCCGCACCAGGGACUUCGACUGCUUCUGGUGAUUUUGCUCGUAAGGGCUUUCGACAGCUGGUGGUGAUUGAAUUGAAGAAGUUCCGCUUCUCUCUCUCUUGCUCUGAAGGGGAGGCUCAGCGUGUACCGUCGCUCUCCUGGGAUACCCGCCGUCGAUAUGGCAUCGUGGUCGACAAUCUCCCGCUUAGCCCCUUUUUACUCCUGAUAAAUAAAAGCGCGAGUAGGUCGCCAUUUUUGUGACUUGUUGCAUGAGGCAGUGGGUUGUGCCCAGAGGAUCCUCCUUGUCGAUGGUGAUGAUUUGACGGUGCCAGCAGUGACGUCGCACCGUGUUGUUGUUCGCCGCUGCAGUUGAUUGGAUGCCGGAGCAUCCCCGCCCCCUUGUUGUCGGUACAAAAUUGUAGACGAGUUGUGCUGUGCCUUUUCCCUGCUGUUUCUAGCGGCAGCACCUGUCUGAGACGUUCGGUGCUGCCCUGUCCUUCUGCCCCUUUUCCCCGCACGAAGGGCUGCGGUGCAUGUGUAUAUAUAUCAAACGAGACACGUCAGCGGUCAAUUGAUUCACAGGAGCUACAGUAGUUGGUUGCCAUCUUGAUUGACUGCUGUGGCGAGCAGAGUAACGGGCAAGACCUCAGUGGUGCCGUGAAGGGCUCGACCUGAAAUCUUUGUCGUUAGGAUGGUGCUCAGCCAUUCACGCCACGAGUCUUUCUUGCGCAAGGCUCGGUUUAGGAUAACUGAGGUCGGUCGUAGUAUAUGUUGACGCCGGUAGAUUGUCGCCUGUGCUGUCGUUGGCAGCAAAGACUUGUUGGCGGUUCCCGGAACAUAUUUGGUUUGGUCCCCCCCCCCCGUAACUUGUAAGUUCGGAUUGUUCACGUAGCUGUGUUGUUGCUCGUUUACGUCCCUUUGUUUUGCGGCUGUACACUUUAUUUGUCGCUUACAGUACAUGUAUGAAUCAGACAUAUGCUAUGUCCAUCGCAAAUGAUUGCCAGUCGCCAAGCGAAGCGUUG